CGGGGAGACGCCAGUGGAGCCGGGGGGUGGGCGUGAGGUAUCCUCCAGGGAAAGUUCCGCGCAUGGGGGGCCUCGUGGCCGGAGCAUCCUCGCUCCGAUGAAGCCCUGCGGGACGCAUCCGAGCCGGGCUGCGUUCCUGCUGCCCCCCGGCUGGGAACGCUGCUCCGGCUGCGGGAGGUGGAUCCCGGACUGAGCGGCGCAGCGCCGCUGUGGGCCGGGAAUGAGGGGUUUUCCCUGUCUCCACUCCCUGCCUUCCCUUUGUGUGGUGCUUUUUUCUUUUUCCUCCCAUUGGUAGCUCCCAUCAGGACACUUGUUAACCACCUUCGGGUGAUGCAGGAGCCAUUAGCGACGCGAACUCCCCGGCUUCCAUCCCGGCGUUCAGCAUCUCUGCAUCGCAGCACGUUAAUUUUUUUCUUUUCCCGGUCGGUUGGAUAAAAUGAAUAAUGGGGCACUUGGAUCAUCGCCCCCUGACUUGGUAACUCGGUGACCUUAAAAGUGACUGCAAAAUGAACAGCAGAGGACAGUGCAAAAGACGCAGCGGGCCCUCGCUCUGAGCCUCCAGGAUUUGAAGAUGUCUGCGUGCAGUGACUUUGUGGAACACGUGUGGAAGCCUGGCUCCUGUAAAAACUGCUUCAACCCAAAGAGUUCCCAUCAGCUGCAAACACCCCCAGACCUGGGAGCGUGCAGUGUGCUCCCGAAUGGAGGUAGGAGCAAGGCUGGGAGCCCAGCGUUGGAAGACGAAGGCAUAAAUACUUCUGUGUUCUCCAAGCCAACCAUUGCUGUGAAGCCAACUAUGAUAAACUCAGAUGUUUCUGACACGUGGGCGGAUGUGAAUAUGAAUGCAGAUCUGUCACAGGCCAAGAGCAGAGCCUGGUAUCCUAGAAACCGUGGGCUGGCUGCCAAGUCAAUAGCUACAGACAUGGAGGAACGGGGCUGCCGCAGCCUGGCCAUGGGUUGGCAGGUCGGCUGGGGAAUGGUUUCGGGUAAACACCUCCUUCUGAAGUCGGGUGACUCACAACGGAUCUGCCUCGAUGGCUUUGGAACCAGCGGCAUGAGAAAGCCCUUCCUGCACAGCCCGUCACGUGACUGCCUGUCCUGCUGCACGCCCAGCUACUCCAUGGUGGGCCUGCGCAGCCUGGAAAGCCAUGUGGAGAGGAACGUUUCCAUCCACAGCCUGGUGCUGGUGGGUGAGGUGGGCAAGCAGGAGGACAGAGCCAAGGAGAAGUUUGCGCUCCCACAUCGGCCCCUCUGCCCUAAUCUGGGGGACAGAGGUGUCAUGAGCUCUGGCAGAAACCCUUCAUCCUCAGAGAGUGACUGCGGCCACCUCUCCUCCAGCUUCGAAGGGGAAGGGGGAGAGUACUGUUCGAUCACAGAGUCCCACAGAGAAAGCCCGGCCCCCCGUGGCUGGAGGCAGCGGGAUGCUGUGGAGCUCUCCAGGCCAAGUGGCAGGGCGGUGAAGUUCAGUGAGGAGGAGCGCAGGGCUGUGAACGUGGCCUUCUGCAUAGCGAAAGAGCGGAGUGAUCUGCUUCCCUACACCCAGUGUGCAGAGAGUAAAAAGCUGACCCGCCAGUCUGACACUGCUGCCCUCCCUGAGGGCAGCAGCAAGAUGGCUGCCUCUGCACCAUGCCGGGAGAAGGAUAGCUUGCCUCUUCCUGGAGACCUGGAUGGAGGCCCCACGCCUGAGGGGCUGAGCGCUCCCCAGCAGGCCUUGGUGGAGCCGCAGCGCACCCGGCUCACUGAGCCAGCCCGGGGGGAUCCCAUCUAUGCCGAGAGCACCAAGAGGAAGAAAGCCCAGCUGAAGGGGGUUGGAGGAUGUAUGGAUGCAGAGAAGCUGGUCAGUGGCAAGGAGCAGGCCGAUGGGAUGUGGAGGGACGGGGGCUGGCUGCUGGGUGCUGAGAAGGAGCACCAGGACCCCACGGCCCAAGUGGCAGCAAAGAUAACAAUUAUGGCCGCGCACACAGAGGAUGACCACAAGACAAUAUUCCUCAGCAGCCCUGACUCUGCUGUGGGAGUUCAGUGGCCGUGUAUCAACCCCACUUCCCACCCUGAUUUUGGGACUUCAUCACCCACUGUUGAGCCUGGUGAGAUCUUUCAAGCAUCCGGAAGUGAAAAUGGCCCAAGGUUUCACUUGGCAGCUCCUACCAAAAACACAGUUAUGGAGAGCCCAGCCAUUCCCCCAAAGAUGUCCAAAAGCAGCCAGCAGGGCAGCGAGGGGAGCCAUGUACCCCCAGUCAGUUCCUCUGUGACAAAGCUUGGUGACACCAGUAGCCAUGAUGGAGCUGGUGCUCAGCUGCUGCCAAGGAGCUGCGCAGAUGCAGGUACCUUCAGGACAUCCCCUUCUCUGUGUGCUCAUGUUAAUGGAGUCUCUGUGGAAGAGUCCAGUAGAGGCCUGACAGGCUCGCCCUAUGACAGGAGGCAGAAAUACUACACUCCAACAUGGGCCAAGCAGUGCCGGAUAGAGGAAGAGGAGGAGGAAGAAGAAGAGGAGGAGCAGGAGGUCUCAACCCACCCAUGGGCAGUGGGAGCUGAGAAUGGAAGAGCUGGUGCUGACCUCAUGGAAGACUGCCCAGUGCUGGAGAGUCAGGCUGGGAUCAGCAAGUCAUUAUCUUUCUCCUUUGACUUCCCUAAGGACAAGAGCAAUGGGAUGGAGUUUGCACCGCCGCCACCACCACCACCAAAAAAGCAGUCCAGGCACACUCCGAAAAUGAACCCAAAUAACGCUGAGUUGGAGAGGGCCAGCAACAGCUCGGCUGAGAGCCUGAGCCCACCUUUCAGGAGCGUCCACGUCAGCUUCACAGCUGGCUCCUCCGACAGCCUCGAUUCUGACACACAGACCGGCAGUGAUGGCAGGCACUCAUCUGAACCAAAUCACUCGCCUCCUCCAGCUGAGAGCCUGGCAUUUCCCCCUGUCCCCUUCCCUCCUGCCUCCGGUGAUGAUAGUCUCUCCUCUGUCCCAAGCCGCCCACCUCCUCUGCCUCAGAAGAAGAUGGUGAGCAGGACGGUGUCCUCCCCAGAUGGCUUUUUUGGGGGACAGGGGUCUUCUGGCAGAGCAGCUGGCACUGCUUGCCCCAGGCUGAACGUCAGCCAUUCUGAGAGCAAUGUCUGCCUACGUGAGGAACCUCCUUUCCUCCACCCAGCCAGCCUCAGAGGUCAUCCCAGCGUCUUCUCCUCCUCAGAGUCCCUGGAGAAAGGCUCCAAAGGAAAUGGCUACUGGCCCUCAGCCUCCAGCAAGAGCACAGGGACCUGCGUCCCCAGCAGAAACCUCCAGUCCCGUUCUUCCUCUCAGCUCAGCAUGUCUAGUCAGGUAUCGUCCGGCUCCAGCCUCCAGCUCCACAACCUCCUGAGCAAUAUUGACAGCAAGGAGGGGGUGUACGCCAAGCUGGGGGCCCUCUACGCUGAGUCCUUGCGCCGUCUGGUCGCCAAGUGUGAGGAUUGCUUCAUGCGGGAGCAGAAGAACGAGCUGCACUUCAGUGAGAACAACUGGUCACUCUUCAAGCUGGCGUGCAACAAACCCUGCUGUGACUCAGGGGAUGCAAUCUAUUACUGUGCCACCUGCUCCAAGGACCCUUCUACCACCUAUGCUGUGAAGAUAUGUAAAACCCAGGAGUCCAAGGUGGCUGCUUCGUACUGCAGCCCUCCAGUGCCAGUCCACUUCAACAUACAGCAGGACUGUGGGCAUUUUGUGGCCUCUGUCCCCUCGAGCAUGCUGCUGGCCUCAGAUAUGGGGAAGAGCAUGUCUGGGGAUGGCCUCCGUCCCUCCCGCGCUGCCAGUGAGCAUGACUGUGUGGUGGUCAUCACCCGCGAGGUGCCGAGCCAGACCACUGCCGACUUCGUGAGGGACUCAGUGACACUGCACCAAGCCAAGCCUGAGAUGUACGAACGUCGGGUUUGCUUCUUGCUCCUCCAGCUCUGCAAUGGCCUGGAGCAUCUCAAAGAGCACGGCAUCAUUCAUCGGGACCUGUGCCUGGAGAACCUUCUGCUUGUCCCCUGCAAGCCCCUCAUGAGCUGUGCGAAAGCCAAAGAUGACAAAAACUUGCCCCGCCUCAUCAUCAGCAAUUUUUUGAAAGCUAAACAGAAACCAGGAUCUGGAGACUCCAAACUGAAGAAGAGCCAGGCCCGGCUGGCCCCGGAGAUUGUGUCAGCUUCUCAGUACAAGAAGUUCGAUGAAUUUCAGACUGGAAUUCUCAUCUACGAGCUCCUGCACCAGCCCAACCCCUUUGAGGAGAAGGUGCACCUCAAGGAGCAGGAGUACAGCCCUGAGGACCUCCCUGCUCUGCCCAGCCUGUCCAUCUAUUCCCGGGGGCUCCAGCAGCUGGCCCACCUGCUUCUGGAGGCGGACCCCAUCAAGCGUGUGCGGAUCACAGAGGCCAAGCGGAUGCUGCAGUGCUUGCUGUGGGGGCCACGGAAGGACCUGACCGAACAGCCCCUCAGCCAAGAGGAAGCCCUCCACCAGGUGCUCCAGAACUGGGUGGACAUGAAGCGUGCCCUGCUGAUGAUGAAGUUUGCGGAGAGGGCUGUGGACACAGAGCGGAGCGUGGAACUGGAGGACUGGCUGUGCUGCCAGUACUUAGCGUCUGCUGAGCCUGUUUCCCUCUCGCACACGCUAAAACUGCUGCAGCUGCUCUGACCUUGGAUGUGUUUCAGAGGCAGCUGAAUGCUCCUGAUUGCCUUGCAGCGAAAGGUACACAGCCCCAUUAACAUGUGAGAGGCUUGAAUCUUGGCUGUGAACGUGUGUUCAUCUCCUGUCCUGAGCUCUGAUCAAUGUAAGACAUGGUUAGUACCCUGAGCACUAAUUUGCGAGCAGGCAAAACUGGGAACCUACUCCUCUCGAGGAGGAUUUUUUUUUUUUGUAUGGUAAGUCUGUGGACUAAUAAACUCCUGCCCAUGUGUGUGCAUGUUUCUUCUGAACAAAAUGUACGUGAGUUGAUUUCUGCACCUGUUGGAUAAUCCUUUGGCCCCUACUUCGCUAAAGCAUCAGAGCCCCCUUGUCUGGAACUACCAGCGCUCACCAGAGUGGGCAGGCCAGCUUAUUCUCCUUGGGAACAAGAGCAGUACAUAUAACUCUCCUUCGUGAGGAAGAACAACAAGGGGCUUUCGAAUUCAUGUCUGUUUUGACAUCCAUUUUGUUUCUCACUUUUACAACAAAAAUCAUGGCUUGCUUCUGUGUAUAAGCUGUAUUUUCUGCUGUGAGCAACUCAUUAUCACCUGCCUAUUACCUUCUGUAGGUGCUAAUACAGCAUUGCUUUCCUGUCUUGCACUGCAACCUUGUAGCUGCUCAUUUGUGUAAGGAUGAGAGAGACAGGAUGGGGCUGUUCACAGAGAUGAUGCUGCAUGCUGGGAAUUACCCCUUGUAAAGUUAAUGAAAUGGAAAAUCCCCAAUUCACCUCCAAGGCCUCAGGGAAGAAAGUCAGGGCCGGGCCACUUUGCUUUCCUCAUCCCUCCAGCACCUUCCCAUCACCUGGUAACUUGCCUGUCCCCUGUGUGUAGCAUUUAUUUAACCCCUUAAUUAUGAGAUUAGCUGGCCUGGUCCCAGUAGCCUCUGGUCUGGAAGGCCCUUAUUGCUGCUGGUGUUUGCAUUACAAAUGCAUAGGGCAGGGUGCACUCUGAAUGUUCUUCCAACAGCUGUGGCACCAUGGAAGAGAGAGAAGCUGCCUAGCUCCUUCCAACUCCUUCCCUUCCAUCAAGACGUACAGCAGCCACCUGGCUUGGUGGAGAGGCCACACUGCUGAUUUUUCAGGAAGAUUUGGGGGCUACUUUUACUCUCUUCCACCCCAAAAUGAGGCAGAGAUGAGCACCUGGGACCAGUUCUGCAGUCAUUGGCUGAGGGGUAGACUUGGGGCUCAUGGUGAGAGCCCAGUAUCAGCUUUGCUGAGGGAGGACAUCACCAGCUGAGCUGCACCCAGUCCAGCUGAAAAUGAGGAGAAAACUUUCCUCCAUCCUCUAUUCACCUCCAGCUCUAGCCUGCUCUCUUGUGGGAAUUUUAAUUCCCCACGAUUUUUGACACAUUGUACACUUAGUGUGAAUCUUCUUCAGGCUUCUCACCUGGAUUUUUUAAUCUAUUUGUCUGCGGUUGCUGCUGAUGGGAGGGGAUGGUUCCUUGGCUGGGCAUCCAUUUGCGAUGAAUUUCCCCCAACCCCCUUAGGCAGAAAGCCGUGCACGUCCCUGCCUGCUGAAAGAAUGUGGGAUGACUCCAACUGUGACUGUCGGGGAUUUUUUAUGCACCAGCUUUCUUGCGCCUGACUUGCAUACACUUCCCUCCAACAUAGGCAGUGUGAACCUUCUCACUUGGGAACCACUGUCCUGUGGACCAUCCUGCGUGCUUUACCCUGGAAAGUCUGGCCCCAGCCUGCUGCUUGUGAUCUCCUAACAGCUGUGCUGGCAAAGGGAGAUAAUAUAUGUGGCAAGUGGCUUGUGAGGCUCAGCUGGGUGCUCAGCGGUACCCAAGAAAUAGGCAAACAUCCAGCUAGCCCACAUAAAGUACGGUUGGAUCCAUUUUGCAUGCUGAGUUUAGUGACAAACACCCACCCUGACUUAAGUACUAUUGCGGGAUCUGCAUGGUGUAGGAUGCUAACCUGAUCAUAAUGCUCUCAGUUGAGUUUGGGUAUUUGAGACUGCUUCUGGUGUUGGUCCUGGUUCCCUGGAGCAGUGUCUCCCAUAUAUCAGAGGCCAACAACAAUCUUGUAACAUUUUCAGCUAUAUUCUUUUGACAUUGAAUGGUUGGCUUCAUGCUUUCAUAUAAACAAAAACUCUUAAAUCCAUGUUUUCCUAAUAUCUUUCCCUCUGGUAUCUCAUACUUGUUCUCCAGCCUAAAAUAUCUCAGGGAAAGUGUGAAGGGGCCCCUGCUGGAGAAGUACUGCAGGCCCAUGCCUUCCAGUUGUGCUGCUAGGUUGGUAGGGAAAGGAAUGUUUCUUGUCCUGUGCUGCCCCCACACAGACUGCCAGCUCUUUUUCCUUUGUCCAGGCUCCACUGGUUCUUGAGUACAAGAAAGCUGGUAAGGUGUGGCUCCCUGCUCAUACAUGUGAUCCCAGUGGAGGACAGGUUGCCAGGAGCUGGACACCGUUGCUGACAAAUGCACAUUUGCAGUACAGAUGAGUUUGGUGGCAAGGCUGCAUGCUUUCCACAUGAGACCCAAAGCCCCAAGACAGGGGACAGCUGGGCAGGCAGUGCUGCUGGAAGCUGUUUUGCCCAGUUUGGUGACAUCCUUACCUUGCUUCACUGCAUCCCUUGAAGUUGGGAGAUAUCCCAAGAGUAAAAGAUAGCCUGGGCCUCUGGAGAUUGCCUGACAAAAGCUCUUAUCAGUGCAUGCUCACAGGUGAAAAAUUUCUUCACAGAAAGAGUGAUGAGGUAUUGGCACAGGCUGCCCAGGGAGAUGCUGGAGUCACUGACCCUGGAGGUGUGGAAAAGUGUAGAUGUGGCACUGACGGUUUGUGCCACUGAUGGUUUGUGGGCAUGGUGGGGAUGGAUUGAUAUUUGGACUGAAUGAGCUUAGAGGUCUUUCCAGCAUUUAUGAUU